GCGCGGGAGCUUUUCCAUGAGAGCUCCUGAGGGAAGAGGUGAAUGGCGUUGGUUGUCUGAAGCUAGAGCCGAGAAGAGAGCCGCGCGGGCCCCGGCCGGAGCCCCGGGGCGGCGGCGCGGCCGACAUGGCCUGCUGUCACAACGUGAUGCUGCUGCUGGACACCGCGGGCGGUGCCGCCGACCGGAGUCCGGUCCGACGGGCCGCCCUGCGCCUCCUCACCUACCUGAGUUGCCGAUUCGGCCUGGCCAGGGUCCGCUGGGCCUUCAAGUUCUUUGACUCUGAGGGGGCGCGGGGCCGGCCGUCCCGCGUGUCUGACUUCCGCGAACUGGGGGCCCGCUCCUGGGAGGACUUCGAGGAGGAGCUGGACGCCAGGCUCGGGGACGGCGCCCACGGCGCGCACCUGCCGGGCCCGGCGCCCCGGGCCAGCCACACGCACAGCGCCCUGAUGGAGACGCUGCUGGACUACCAGUGGGACCGGCCCGAGAUCACGUCGCCCACGAAGCCCAUCCUGCGCAGCAGCGGGAGGAGACUGCUGGACGUGGAGGGCGAGGCCAAGGAGGCCGAGACCGCGCUCGGGGGCUUUGGGAACGCGGUCUUCCUGCUGGGCCCCUGUCCGCAUUCGCAGAGGGAGCUGCUGCAGUUCGUGUCCGGCUGCGAGGCGCAGGCCCAGCGCCUGCCGCCUCCCCCGAAGCAGGUGAUGGAGAAGUUGCUGCCCAGGAGGGUCCAGGAGGUCAUGAUCGCCCGAAAAAUCACCUUGUACUGGCUGGAUACCACCGAGGGGCCGAAGUUGUGGGACUCCCCGGACCACCUCGGGUACUGGGCCUUGUGUGAACUGCUCCAAGUUGUUGGCGGCACGAUCUUACCAUCCGAAACUUUCAGCCAGGACUGUACUAAAGCUGGGGAAAUGCUGCGUGGUAGUGAAAAAAAGCUGGCGAGUGAAUCUGCCCCGUCUUCCUGGAUUUCAGCUCUGCCACCUGAUGCCACUUUGAACUGUUUGCUCUAUAAUUCUGCCUAUGAAGCCUCCUUUCCACGGAUGGAAGGAACGUUAUUUCUCCCUGUUGAAGGCAAAGAGACUCAAGAAACAUGGACAGUCACCCUAGAGCCCCUGGCCAUGCAUCAGAGACAUUUCCAGAAACCAGUCAGAAUUUUUCUAAAAGGCACGGCAAGCCAGUGGUCUCUCCCAGCGAGCAGCACUUUGGGCACUGAGAGCUGGAUGCUGCAAAGUCCGGAGAACAGGUCAACUCAGAGGGUGUUAUUCCAGCAGCUGGUAAGCAGGCUGGCUACUGAAGAGUUACACCUGGUUGCCAGUGUGGACCUUGGUGAAGGCUGGCCCCCCAUCACGGGAGUUAUUUCCCCCCUCUCCACCAAUGCUACAAUUCUCACCGUGUUCCGCACUGAGGAGGCUGAAUUUCAAAGACCUUUUCUCCAAACAGUUGUGGCAGAGAGCCCCCAGGAUACAGCUUCCCUUGUUUCUGAUAUUAUGGAUAGUGUCUUGAAUCAGGUUCACAAUUCACUUGAAGAUCCUGUUACCUGCGCUGCUCCUGUUCCAGAGUGGGCCCAGCAGGAACUUGGCCGCACCGGUCCCUGGAGUGCGGCUGUUGUGGAGAAGUGGUUUCCUAGCUCUAACCUUAGUGGCGCCAGUUCAAGUUUGAUGGAGUCAUUUGGGUUAUUACAGGCUGCCUCAUCUGAUAAGGAAGAGUCUUCCAAAACUGAAAGCGAGUUAACGUGUUGCCUGUCCAAGCUCUACCAGAGGAAGUCUCGGGAAGAAUCCGCUGUGUCCAAUCAGGAAGACAGCAAAAAGAAACGAGGGGUCCCUCGGACUCCCGUGCGGCGGAAGAUGAGCACCAUGUGUCGCUCCCUGAAGAUGCUGAACGUGGCGAGGCUGAACGUGAAGGCGCAGAAGCUGUGUCCCGACGGUGGUCCAGAGGCGGCCGGGGAGAAGGGCGUCCCAAAGGCGGCCAGUGGGAGGACAGCAGAUAAAUGGGAAAACCGAGGAAGGACACUACGAAGCUCUAACCCUAAAGAUUUUAAAACAGAAGAGGAGCUCCUGUCUUACAUACAUGAAAAUUACCAAAAGACUGUGGCCACAGGAGAAAACACGUUGCAUUCAUGCGCUCAGAAUAUGAUCUCAACCAUUAAAGCAUUCCUAAAAUCCAAAGGCACCAAGGAAUUAGAAAUGAACUGUGUGAAUCAAGUGAAAAAUAGCCUCUUAAAAACUAGCAAAAGUCUUCGACAGAAUCUAGGGGAAAAACUGGAUGAAGAUAAAGUCAGAGAGUGCCAGCUUCAGGUGUUUCUUCGUUUGGAGCUGUGUCUGCAGUGCCCGUCCGUCCACGAAAGCACCGCUGAGAUGGAGCAGGUGGUGAAGGAGGUGACAGGCUUGCUGCGCACCGUGUGUUUGACUGAGGAUUCGGCAUACCUAGCAAAGUUUCUGGAGGAAAUCUUGGGAUUGUAUAUUGACUCCAUCCCGAAGACACUUGGAAAUCUUUAUGACAGCCUGGGGUUUAUGAUUCCUCAGAAGCUGGCUGGUGUCCUUCCUCUAGAUUUUUUCAGUGACGACUCCGUGACACAAGAAAACAUGUCACCCCUUCUCUCUGUGCCUCUUCCGUCAAGUGCUCAUAGAUCAGUGUCUGGUGGCACUGAGUCUGACCAGCUAGAAGAGCUUCGCACCAGAUCGGCUAAGAAAAGAAGGAAAAAUGCAUUAAUAAGGCAUAAAAGCAUUGCAGAGGUUUCACAGAAUCUUCGACAAAUUGAGAUCCCCAAAGCGUCCAAGAGAGCUACAAAAAAUGAGAGCUCCUGUCCUCUUCAGCAGCCUCCACUUCCGCUGAAAGAUCCAGUACAAGAAGUGACCAAAGUUCGAAGAAAUCUCUUCAACCAGGAAAUGAUUUCUCCUUCAAAGAGAUCGGCAAAGCGGGGGUUGCCUAGAAGCCACUCCGUGUCCGCAGUGGAGGGUCUGGAGUGUAAACUUGACAACGGCAAAAGGACCAAAGGUUAUCACAGACUGCUGACGAGGAGCGUGGCUGAGACUCCCAUACAUAAGCAAGUGUCCAGAAGGCUCCUUCAUAGACAAAUCAAGGGCAGGUCGUCUGACCCUGGUCCUGAUAUUGAAGUUGUUGAAGAGUCCCCAGAAAAAGGAGCAGACGAAAUAAGCUUGAGACGAAGUCCUCGAAUCAAACAGUUGUCAUUCAGCAGGACAAAUUCUGGUUCCUUCUAUUCUGGAUCUCAGCCAAAGUCUCGAAGUGUGCAAAGAGUUCGUUCCUUCCAGCAAGAAAAGUCAGGCCAAAGAGAAAAUUCUCCAAACCAAAGUAUUCGUUCUCCCAAAAGGCUGCUUUUCGGGGCAUUGUCCGAGAUGGUCAGUCCCUCAGAGAAGGGUUCAACUCGAAUUCAGAGAUCUUCAAGAAACCCACUGGGCUCUGAGAUACCCAGAGCUUAUCAGACUCCUAAGAAGAGGAACCAGAAAUCUCCAAGCUGUUCUAAAGCUACACCAAGGAGGUUCCCUCAUUCGCCACGAAUGCCGCUGUGCUCCCCUGAAAGUCGGCAGAAGCCCCUGACGGAGGUGACUCCUGCCAAACAGGUCAUUUUUAAGGAGUCCUUAAAAGACUCCUCACAUGGCUGGGGCUCACCAUCUCAACCCAGAGUCACUCCUCGGAAAGGACACUCCCUGGCAAAAGGAGGAACCUCUCCUCUUGAAAAGAAGACACCAAGAACUCCCAAAAGGCCAAGUGGUCAGUCACCUAGAUUUCUGAGUUCUCCUUGGCCACCUUCACUGACUUCCAGUCCCGAGAGCCCCUCUGGCCCGGAAGCCCUGAUCAGGAGUGAGAGUCUGACUCCCGUCGGGUCUGCACUGACCACGCCUCCCAGAGCAGCAGCCUCGGGGGGGCUACGGGAAGGCGCUCUGGAGCCAACACACUAUCGUCCCAGUGUCCCUGGGGACAGUCCUCCUCAGGCAGAGGCACUUGUGCAGAAAUGGAAGGAUGAAGCCUUCUCAGUCUCCAAGACACCGAGGAGCACCAAUCUGAUUUCUCCCCCAGCUCUUUCUCUAGAAAAACCUUUGACCUCUCCUUUAGGUGAGAUUUCUAAGAGUCCAUUUCGGGAAUUUUCGAUAGACUCUCCUCCUCCUGAAGAACUGGACUGGGAAGAGCCCCUGAAAGCACCCACUGGAGCCUUGUCUCUCUCCUGUCCUGUUCCUUCCACUCCCCCCCGAAUCUCUCAGAUAACCCAGUCUGACCCCGUGCCCCCUCGGCCCCCUUCCAAAAUUGGAAAAAGGCACAGAGAGAUCCCCAACCUGGACCCGAGCACCUCCGCUAUGCCUAGAGUUCCCACAGCUGGCAACCCAGCUGCCCUCACAGACGCUAGAAAGAACCAGAAGGAAGUGACCCUCUCUCCUCAGCCUUCCCCGGAAAGACACAGUUAUUCUGGGACUGGCUGCGGGAGUGACUGGCGUAUGUCCUCUCCUCUUGUCGCGAGUGACACAGAUGACCUCACUCUCCUGGACCAGGCGGAGCGCCACGGCAGCGACGGCACGCCAGGUCACGUCAUGCCCGCGGAAGAAGGUGACGCGUCAAGGACAGUGGUGGCCCGGGAGAAGCCUUCUCCGGCCAACCCCGGGAGUGCUGCAUCCCCUGCUUCCCGCCGGCCCGACUCUCCCCUGGCCCCAUCCUAUGCCCUGCGCUGCACCGCGGACAGAAGGCAGCGCCGGGCCGCCGCGCAGCUGGAGAACCCGCAGUCUCCGACUCGGCCCUCCCGAGCCUCUGGCAGCCCCCGGGCCUACGAGGUGGAGCUGGAGAUGCAAGCUUCCGGCCUGCCCAAGCUGCGCAUUAAAAAGAUAGACCCCAGCUCCCUAGCCGAAGCCGAGCCUCUGAGACAGGAGGGGACAUCCCUGGGAGAGGAGAGUGCCCUCCCUGCACUCAGCAUGCCUGGGGCCACCAAGGCCUCGGGGAAACCUGAAGCCACCUACGUGUCGCCCCCCUGCCUUCGCCCCUCACACAGCACCCCCGGCAAGAGCGGGGGACAGACCUACAUCUGCCAGUCCUGUACCCCCACCCGCUGCCCCUCUAGCACCCCCUCUCCGUUUCAAACAGACGUCGGUGUUCCCUGGACCCCGUCCCCCAAGCACAGCGGGAAGACCACUCCCGACACCAUUAAAGACUGGCCGCGGAGGAAGAGGGCGGUGGGCGGCGGCACUGACCUUCUUGCAGGCGUGUCCCUGCUCGAGCCGGAGAGAAGGGAGCGAGGAGGCCUUGAACUCGGCGGCAGCAGGACUCCCCUCUUGGGGGAUUUUGAGCUUGAGGGGGUGUGCCGGCUGCCAGACCAGUCACCUCCCAGGGACUGUGCGCCUCAGGCUGAGGAAGCCUCCUGGGGACAGUUCGGGUUGGGUUCCAGGAAGAGGCUCCUUCCUGCCAAGGAGGAAGCGGAGGGUCCCGCCAAGAGAGCGUGUGAGGAGCCGAGAGGAGACGCAGAGCUUAGCGGGAGCAGGGAGCCGUCUCCGCGUGCGAGUGGGUGGCACCUGCCCUCCGCGGGCGACGACGAGGUGUUCCUUCCAGCUUCCACGCCCCCGCCCGGCUGGGCGCUGCGCAGCUGCCUCUCAGCCAGCGGCCUGCAGGCUCUCACCCACUCUCCGCUGCUGUUCCAAGGGAGGACGCCUUCCUCGCAGUGUCACGAGGCCAGAGAUGAGGACAUAGAGGUCCUCCCCCCAACGGCCGAGGACUCUCCUUUCAGCCGAGCGUUCUCCAGGAGACGCCCCAUCAGCAGAACUUACACACGGAAGAAGCUGAUAAGCUAGUUAGGAUGGAACUGGGUGGGGGACUUA